AAGAACAACCAACUUCCUUUUCUUGACAUCCUGAUUACUAGGAGAGAUGAUGGUUCCAUCAAACGUGCUACAUAUAGAAAACCAACAUGGACAGGACAAUAUCUUAACUUUCAUAGUCACUGUCCUAUUCAUUAUAAACGUGGUUUAAUAAAGAGCUUAUUCAAUAGAAUCAAUCGUAUUUGUACUAGUGAUACUAUUGAAGUAGAGAUGAAGCUCCUGACUGAUGCGUUAUUCAAUAAUGGUUACCCUUUGAAGUUCAUAAACCGCUGGAAGGGUUGCAAUAUGACUAGACCUAUGAUGCUUCUGGCACCCAAAAAGCGAGUUUAUAUUACGCUACCAUUCAGAGGUGACACAAAUAGUCUCAUGUUGAAACAGAGACUUAAAUUAGCUAUCAACCGGACAUUUUAUGCAGCCCAACUUGUCAUUAUCGAAAAGACAAGGUCUAUGUUUCACCAAAAGCCCAAACAGCAUGAAAACGAUUGUGUCACAUCCCAUUGUGUCUAUAAAUUUACAUGUAUGUGUGGAAACACGUACGUAGGGAGGAGCAAUCGUGAUUUGCAAUUAAGGGUGGGUGAACAUAUACCAAAAUGGUUGCAAAAUCAGAUGAAUUCCAAUGGUGAAAUAAGACCACAGGAUAGACAGACAUCAUCAUCCAUUGCGAAACAUUUGAUUGAGACGGGUCAUAAGGUUGAUAUCAAAUCAUCAUUUGUUGUGUUGUACAAAAGCCUUCAAGGACGUAUACUAAGGUUUAUUGAAGCCUUGGCUAUACGAAAAUUGAAACCCCCUUUAUGUGUUCAAAAACAAUUUGUAUUUACACUUAACCUACCCUGGUAGUACUGAUUUACUGUCCAGAGUGGUAAUCACAUUUGUUUUUGUGUACUUUAAUAUUUUUUCCUUUGUUAUGACUUACCCUUAACCUGUCUAGUUGACCUUUUAAUUUUUCAUAUAUAAAUGUUCUUAACAAGUAUAUGUGUGAUCAGAUUGUUCGAAAUGUAUUGCGCAAAUAUAUCACAUAAUUCUGAUAAACUACGUCUUCUCAUUGCAUUAUCGAAAUGUAUAAUUCUCAGUGUUCAGUCUGCGAGUAUUGAUCAGUGUCGUGUGGCUUUUCUAUCGAUUAAACUCGAUUACUCGAUUUGAAAGAGUAAUCACUCGAUCAAGGAUUUACUCCUGUAUAUUAUGUUUGUUUAAAUGUUUGUAUGAGUGUCAACUAUUUAAUCCUUUAGCUUCAUAUCGCGUUCCUCCAAAUAUCUAACCAGUACGAUCUUCUGUUUUAAAUGUAAAGUGAUUUAUAGCUGAACUUUCUGAAAACUAAAGUACUUACAAUUAUUUAGUGUGUUAAUUUUCUUAUCUUCGCCAUUAACUUGUAUGUCAAGUCAUAUUACAACAAAUAUAGUAUAAAAUUCUUUUUUUACAUAAAUAUCAGAAGAAAGAUGUUUAAAUCUAAGCUACUUUUAUUCAGUAUUAAUGCUAAUGAGAUAGUUGGAUACAAAUCUAACAACUAAUUUACACUGUCAAUAAUAUGAAAAUUGAAUUCAAUGAAUAGAUUCCAGCCAUUACGAUGUGCUCAUACGGAAUCACUAUAUGCACAAUUUAUCAAAAGCGUGCAUCCAAGAUUCUGAACUCGGAACUUAAACCCUGGACCAUCGGUUUCACGAUAGAAGUGUGGUGUGUGCCACUUAUAUUGACAUAAGUAGUAUAUGAUGUUAGUCAUGAACAGAAGGUCUGGCAGCGGAGAGACAAGAGGAUCGAACAGUAAAGAAUGAAAACAGAAUGUAGUUUGUAUGGAAAUGCAAGAACAAUGAAGUCUGAUUCAUUUUGAGACAAUUAGUGAACAUUUUGCAAAUUAAGCAUUUAUUUUAUGAUUGUUAGAUUUUAUCAACAAGUCCUGUAAUUUUGCG